AUGUCAUGGAAUGAUGAUAUGGCAUACGCUAUGACUCUCUACAAAUUCUUAACUUUACCAUUAGGCGUUUGGCCUUUGCAAAAAUAUAAUACAUUUUCUUUAAUCCGUUCUAUCGUGUGCGGCUUCAGCUUGAGCGUGAUGUUAAUCACAAUGUUGCUCGAAAUCAAUUUCGGUAACGGUGACGCAUAUGUAAAAAUUGAUACUCUUAUGGUGAUGUCCUGCAUCAUUCUUGCUACAUUGAAACUGUUAUCCUUCCGAUUAUAUGCCGACAAUCUGAUUUGUAAUUAUUCUUCUGCUGUGGAUGAUUAUUCCACAAUCGACACCGAAGAGAAGCGUACGAUCAUGCGGCGGCACGCAUUCAUGGGAAGAAUAAUUUGCUAUAGUACUUUAUUUUUCGCUUAUUUGGCUUCAUCAAUCUUUAUGCUGAUGCCUAUGAUAGCAGGCAAUAAGGAUAUUCAAGUUGAUGAUGCCAGCAAAACUCAAGCAUCGGAGUUACCCAUGCCCUUAACAUUUUUAGGGGACUUGCAUAUUCCUUCCAGUUUAUAUUUCGUCAUCUCUACAUUACAAUACAUUAUAUUGAUGCUCACUUCCACCAGUAAUUGCGGCAAUGAUUCACUUUUCCUCGGAAUUACUCUUCAUAUUUGUGGUCAAUUGGAACUUCUAAAAAUCGAAUUUAUUAAUUGCGACAUGAAAAACAAAAACAUAAAUGAAGAUUUUUCAAUAAUGACAUUAAGACAUUGUUAUCUAAUAAAACAUGCAGAACUUUUGGUCGAUGUAAUAAGUUUCGUUCUGCUCGUUCAAGUCAUGAGUAGCUGUCUUAUUUUCAGUUUGAUCGGUUUUCAAUUUAUCUUGGCAUUGAAAUCACAUGACAUACUGAUGUUAACUAAAACUACCACAGUGAUGAGUGCUCUGCUGUUACAAAUGUUCUUUUAUAGUUUCGUGGGCGAUUAUUUGAAAUGUCAAAUGGAAGAAAUCGCGGACUCGAUCUACAAUUCCAAUUGGUACUAUUUGCCAACAAGGUUGAUGAGGAAUGUUUUGUUUGUCAUCGUACGAUCACAGCAGCCAAUUCAAUUUUUAGCUGGCAGAUUUUUUGUUGUAAAUAUUAAGACUUAUAUGGUCAUAUUAAAAAGUUCACUCUCGUAUUUGUCUGUCCUACGAGUAAUGGUGGAGAGUAGUACAUAA